UUGAGUUUUGCAGUCAUGCGGUUUCGUGAAAAUACGUUGACGUUUGCCCUAGAGGAUCCCAAAUUGCGGUUCACUCCCAGUGUGUUCGUUCCCACUUCGACUUCAAGUCAUUGGAGAGUAAGCUCAACUGUACCUCGGCUUGCUCCGCGACUUCAACUCCAUCCCUCCACAACCGACGUUCUCGGCCGUACCCUUAACUCGACGAAUCUUCAAUCGGCUACAUAAGUUUUGACUGCAUCCACUUACGGCACCGGCACAUUCCACCAUAAACCUCGAAACAAUAUACCGGAGCCAUUCGCAGCGCCAUCAAUCAGAGUAGCAGGUCCUCGUACACCAUCCCCAAUGCCUCUCGAACGGUAUCAAUAUCUGAGCAACGUCUGGAGGGACGGUCUCUUCGCCAACAAGGUCAUCUUCUGUACUGGUGGAGCGGGCUCGAUAUGCUCAGCUCAAGUCCGGGCCAUGGUCCACCUCGGUGCCAAUGCAUGCAUAGUUGGGCGCAACGUGGAGAAGACUGAGAACAUGGCCAAAGAUAUUGCAACAGCGCGAAAGGGCGCCAAAGUCAUCGGCAUCGGUGCAGUAGAUGUGAGAAAACCAGAGCUGCUACAGGCCGCCGCAGACAGGUGUGCAAAGGAGCUGGGGAGCAUUGACUUCGUGAUUGCUGGUGCUGCUGGUAACUUCCUCGCACCUAUGGACCAGAUCUCGCCGAACGCUAUGAAGUCGGUCAUCGACAUCGAUGUGCUAGGCUCCUACAACACCGUAAAAGCGACACUACCUUACCUCGUCGAAUCUGCGGCCAAACACAGGACAGACGGUCACACACCACCACCCAACGGAACGGGCGGCCGCAUAAUCUUUGUCAGCGCGACUCUCCAUUACUCUGGUACACCGUUGCAGAGUCAUGUGUCUGUCGCGAAGGCUGGCGUAGAUGCUAUGGCCAUGUCCGUAGCAAUCGAACAGGGACCGAAAGGCAUCACCUCGAACAUCAUCGCUCCAGGACCCAUUGCAGAUACAGAGGGUGUAGCUCGUCUAUCCAAGCAGGAUCAUCGUGAGAAGUCGUCUAAGGGUAUUCCAUCUGGUCGGUAUGGCACAGUCAAGGAGAUCGCCGAUGCAACAGUGUAUCUCUUCUCAGAUGCUGGCAACUAUGUGAAUGGCGAGACGCUGGUCGUCGACGGUGGUCAGUGGCACACUGCAGGUUUUGCGAACGGGUUCGCCUAUCCCGAUUUCCUAAUCUCAGGCGAUGUUGUGACAGGCGUUGCUGGCGGAAAGAAGUCGAAGUUGUAAACAUACUUUGUCAAUUCGAUGUGUUUGAG